AUGUACUUGCCUAAUCCUAAUCCACAGAAACUGUUGAAACUUGAAAAUCAUUGUGGAACUGGUGAAACACAUUUAGCAUGGCAAAAAGGGAGCGGUACUUACCUGGCUGUAACAAGUUUAGACCAGUGUAUCGGAAUUUACAAUCGCAAUGGAAAACUAAUUGAAAAAAUCAAAAUUUCAGGAAUAUGUACUGGUUUAGCGUGGGAUCGUGAUGGUGAUUUAUUAGGAAUAAUAUGUGAUGGAUCAUCUAGUUUUAUGUUGUGGGAAGCUAAUUCUUCUAAGACUCAACAAAUAAAUCCAGUUUUCAAAGACAACCUGACAUGUGUAUUAUGGUCAAAAGUCAGUCAAACUGUUGCAGUAACUUCAACUAAAGGAAAUCUAACUAUCUAUGACUAUACAACUACUAAACGUUCGCCUAUACUAGGAAAACAUAGCAUGAGCAUUACAUGUGGUGAAUGGAACCGAGACAACAUACUAGCUUUAGGAUCACAGGAUCAAACAGUAUCCAUAAACAAUAUAGAAGGUGAUACGUUAAAAAUUAUAUCACUCAGAGGUGAACCAUCUAAAAUAGCAUUUUCAAAAAUGAAGUCUGAUCAUAGAAAGCAUUCUGAAGAAACAGUAAGUGUCUUAGUUGCUAACAAAACUUUAUAUCUUAUUGAUUUACAAGACACAGAUAAUCCAUUUGAACUGGCAUUCAACUUAAAAUAUGGGUCUAUAGUUACUUAUCACUGGUAUGGAGAUGGCUAUAUUUUAAUUGGUUUUAGCGAAGGUUACUUAAUAUCUAUAUCAACCCACCCUAAAGAAGUAGGCAAAGAACUGUUUCAAAUACGAAACCACAAAGAAAUUUUAUCUGAUGUUGGGUUGUCUAAAAUUGCCGGAAAGGUAGCCACAUGUGGUGAAUAUACAAUUAAAGUACACGAGAUUGGUAAAUUACAAGAAACUACAGCAGUACUAAAUGUUGACGAAGGCAUUGUUCUUAGUCAUGUUUCAUGGAGUGAAGAUGGGCGGCUUUUGGCCGCUACUACAUCAGAUGGUGGUGUUUAUCUGUAUUUAGAAGCCUUACCUAUGUUAUCAUCAUCAUACAACAACUGUGUGGCAUUUUUAACAUCUUUAAACCAAGUUACUAUACAUUAUUGCCAUUCAGACAAAAAUCAACCACCAGAUUUGGUCUCCAUAACUACAGAAAUGGAACCAAGCUUUUUGAGUAUUGGUCCUCAUCAUUUAGCUGUUGGUUUGAACAACAGGAUUUGGUAUUAUAAAAUUAAUAUCUCUGAUCCAAUAAAAUUAUCAACGGCUUUACUCGGUGAUCGUGAAUAUUUAGGCACUGUACAAAAUGUUUGCAUAAAUGAUGAAUUUAUAUCAGUUUUAUUUGAAGGGAGACUUCAAAUUCAUACAAUUGAUUCUAUUAUUUUAAAGGCUGUCAAUGAUAGUGUAUCAAAAAUAUUUCCGAUAGAUAAAGGAAGAAAUAUAAACAAUCAGUAUUUAACUAAUGAUUUUCUCAUCUACAGUACUGAGGCAGGUAAUAUUCACUAUUUUCACCUUGAAGACUGGAAUGAAGCUUUCACUUAUAAACAUCAUUUCGGUAUUGUUAAUCUUUAUCCCAAUCCAGAAGGUAUAAGAUGUGUAAUAGUCGAUGCAAAAAAUGAAGCAUAUUUAUAUAUGCCUGUUUCAGAGGAGAUAAUACCUAUAAAAGAUUUUCCAACUUCAGUUAGUUCUGUAUUGUGGGAUCUUUGGCCAUCCGAGAAACAUAUACUAAUAGCAUGUAAUGAUAAAUCAGCGUUGACAUUUGUAUAUAUACGCGAGUCAAUAAAUGGUAGUGAAAUCCGUUAUGUUGGCAUCACAAAAUUGCCUGAACGUCAAAUACCACUAUUUUUAUCGCAUGGCGAUUUAACAUUAGAGACUUCUACUGGAAAAUUAAAUACUAUAAUAUUGUCUACACAUACAGCGUUAUUAAUGCGACCAGCAGCUACCACACUUAGUCAUCCAACCGAAAGAUUAGAACAAGAUUUAGACAAGCAAUUAGCUCUUAUUAGGAUUAGUGAUGCUUGGAAGACUUGUCAGUUAUUAAAUAAAAAAGAAUAUUGGGAAAAAUUGGGUAUGAGUUGUCUACACUAUUUUGAUAUUGAAACUGCUCUCCAAGUAUACACUAAUCUCGGUGAUGUUUCAAUGGUCUGGUCAUUAGAACUAAUAAAAUAUAUAGAAGAUAAAAAUUUGUUCGCUGGUCAUUUGGCUAUGUAUAUGAAAGAAUUUGAUAAAGCUCAAAAAUUGUUUUUGGAAUCAUCAAACCCAAUUCAAGCAUUAGUAAUGAGACAAGAUUUAUUGCAAUGGGAUGUUUCUUUAGAUCUUGCCAAAACACUGGCUCCUGAACGAAUGCCUUACAUUUCUUUUAAAUAUGGUCAACAGCUUGAACUAAUUGGUAAAGCUCAUGAAGCUGUGUUACAAUAUGAACAAGGUCUUAACUUGGAUACUGAUACUGAUCAUCUGAGAUAUUGCCGUGAAGGAAUAGCUAGGUGUUUGAUCAAAGAUGGUAACGCUAAAAUGGGUAUAAAUUUAGCUUUGGAAAUUGGAUCAAAGAAAUUAUUGAAUGAAUGUGCUGAGCUGCUAGAAAAUACUAAAAAAUUAAGCGAAGCCGCUAAUUUAUAUGAAAGGAUUGAAAGUUGGGACCAAGCAGCUUCUUGUUAUAUUCGCUUAAAAAAUUGGACUAAAGUAGGUGAAUACGCUACUUACAUUACUUCAACCAAAAUUCAUGCUCAAUAUGCCAAGGCUAUGGAAGCAAUGGGAAAUUAUAAGCAAGCAUUAUAUGGUUAUAGUGCAGCUCAUGACUAUGAAAAUGUCAUCAGAAUGGAUUUAGAUAAGCUGGAUGAUCCACAACAUGCUAUUACAGUAGUUCAAGAACAUCGUAGUACUGAAGGUUCGAAAAUGAUCGCAAGAUAUUUUCAAAAGAACAAUGAAAUUUUACUAGCAAUUCGAUUUUUAACAAUGUCACAUUGUUUUACAGACGCUUUUAGAUUAGCGUGUGAUCAUAAUCAUUUAGAAUUAUAUGGUGACGUGUUAUUGGAUGAAGAUGAGGAAGUGUCCAUUCCUGAGUUUGCCAGCCUAGCUAAGUAUUAUGAAACUCAAAACAGCGCAGCUCUAGCAGGAAAAUAUUAUUUUCAUGCCAAGAAUUAUCAAAAAGCUCUUAAAAAUCUAAUUGAGGGUAGUAAAGCUAAUCCAACCAAUGAUGACAUCUUGUCUUUAGCUAUUGAAGUUGUCGCUGCAGCAAAAAAUAAUUCUAUUGAUGAUGAACUUAUAAAAUUAUUGUUAGGUGAAAUUGAUGAUCAUGCAAGGAAUCCAAAAUUCUUAUUCAGACUCCACAUGGCUAGAAGUCGAUAUAAAGAGGCCGCAAAAGUAGCUAUUAUAUUAGCCAAUAAUGAACAAAUUAAAGGUAAUUAUAGGCAAGCCCACGAUGUCUUAUACAAUACAAUUUGUGAAUUACGUAACAAUCAAUUAAAAGUGAGCAACGAGAUGAUUGCUAAUUUAGCAUUACUCCAUUCAUAUAUUCUUGUGAGAGUGUAUGUCCGUUUAGACAACCAUAGCAAAGCAGCUCCAUUAUUGAUAAGAGUUUCAGAGAAUAUUGAUCGAUUUCCUUCACAUGCUGUACAAAUUUUAACCUCGACCGUGAUUGAAUGUUACCGAUCCAACUUGAAGGAAAGUGCAUUUAAAUUUGCAACUAUUCUAAUGAAAUCUGAUUACAGACAUCAGAUUGAUGAAAAGUAUCGGAAAAAAAUUGAGAGUGUAAUUAGAAAGUCUCCAAGGGCUGGUUCUCUAUCAGACGAAACCAUAACAAAAACAGAACCAUGUCCAUAUUGUGGUCUUGACUUACUCUUGACCAGUCUCAUUUGCACAAAUUGCAAAAGCACUAUACCUUUUUGUAUAGCAUCCGGAUGGCACAUUACCAAAGAUAAUCUUACAUUCUGUCCAAAUUGUCGAUUUCCUGCAUUAUAUAAUGAAUUUGCUGGAUUAUUGGAGUCAGGUGAAAACUGUCCAAUGUGCUCAAAUCCAGUAAAGGUUGAUUAUCUACAGAUUGUUGAAGAUCCAAAGCCAUUUUUGUUUACUGAAGGAGACAAAUGA